AUGCUAGACACUCCGCUGGAAGGUAUCUUCACGUGUGCCCAAUUCACUGGUCUUGGAGUGUUUUACACGUAUUUUCUAGCUCUUAUUCUAUCAUUCAAUAUCCCCAUCACACAUGCUGUCUAUAUGACUUUUCUCGGUGCUCUUCUUGUUCAUUUCUCCGGAUUUUAUAAGAUGGACAACUGGAAAUACGAGCCAAAGACUUGCAUUGUCUAUGGUUUGUAUAUGAUGAGUUUUUGCUCGGCAGCACUCGCCGCCUGCUUUUUUGCACAGGGAGAUGUUGACAAUGAGUUGAUUCUCAUAGUCCUCCCAAAAGUGUCUUGCAUCAUCUUCUUCAUCUCCUUCUACCUCACACGUAUCUCCUCAGUAUUCUACGUCAAUAUUCUAUGUGCUCCGUGUAAAUCUUCAGAAGUCGCAGGAAAGCUGACGUGGCUAGUCGCCGUGAUUCUGAUGGCGUUUAAUUUGGUUGGUUAUGAAGACUAUCAGAAGAGUCUCGGCAUAACGCUAAUCGUUUACGGCUUUCUCUACCUGAGUCUCGCCUUUUUCAUCAGUGACAAACUACCCGAAACACGUGGAUUAUUUGAUCAUGAAGUGGCCAAACUAUUCGGAUUCUAUCAAUUACAACAUGUUCUCAAAUACGAGGAGCAUCGAACAUUGUCGUGUUCAGACGGCACAACUUUCUAUUUCCGAAAUUUGACGAAUGACAAGGUGGCUAUUAAUUUAAUCUUCUCCAAUCCAAACGACCAUCUGACUGCGGAACACUUCUCAAGAAAGAACAUAAGGGGGCGUGGCCAUUUGAAAAUAGAAGUGAAAAGGAGAGAACAUAAGCAGAAGAAUGAUCGAUUGUUUAUAUUCUAUGCGAAAGAUUUGAAGGAUUUGGAGAAUAUGAAUAAGUGCGGAUUUUUGACAGUGCGUUUUUGA